CUCGGUGUGCGUGAGAGGCUCUCGUGGAGGUCGUGAUUAGUACGGACAACGUUGUUACUACAAAAAUGGCAAGCAAUUUAUCGAUAAAGGAUUUCUACAGAGGGAAAAAUAUUCUAGUAACAGGCGGAACUGGUUUUAUGGGUAAAGUUCUUUUAGAAAAACUUCUAUACAGUAUACCGGAUAUUGGAAAUAUUUACGUACUAAUGAGACCUAAAAAGGGAAAGUCCAUCCAACAAAGAUACGAAGACAUGCAACGCUUGCCGUUAUUCGAUCGUCUGAGAAACGAGAAACCAUCAGCUUUAAAAAAAAUAAAGCCUCUUCAAGGAGAUGUCUUGUUUGAUAAUUUCGGAUUAUCGGAAAGAGAAUUAGAAAAUUUAUCAGAUGAGAUAUCUGUAGUCUUUCAUUUUGCUGCUACCUUAAGGCUGGAAGCGCCGCUCAAAGAUAACGUGGAUAUGAAUACAUGUGGGACACAGAGAGCGCUUAAUGUGGCAAAGUAUUUCAAAAAUUUGUUAGUUUUUGUUCAUUUAUCAACAGCGUUUUGCUAUCCCGACUAUGCCGUUUUGGAAGAAAAGAUGCACGCCCCCCCAGUGAACCCAUCGGAAAUCAUGCAUUUAAUCGAAUGGUUGGACGAUAAGCAAGUUAAUCUUCUCACUCCUUCUCUACUCGGUCCUCAUCCCAACUGCUACACUUAUUCAAAAAGAUUAGCUGAAAGUAUAGUAGAAAACGCAUAUAAUAAUCUUCCUACUGUUAUAGUUCGGCCUAGUAUAGUUUGUCCCUCGUUAAUUGAACCUGUACCAGGUUGGGUUGACAGUCUAAACGGUCCAGUGGGACUCAUGCUUGGAGCGGGUAAAGGUGUCAUUCGAAGCAUGUUAUGCGAUGGAAAUCUGAUAGCACAAGUAGUUCCUGUAGACACGGCUAUCAACGCAAUCAUUGCCAUAGGGAUGAUUGAAGGAUCGAAGACAAAAAAGACCGAAAUGAUUCCAAUAUACAACGUAAAUAUUGGCCACCAGAAACCGACGACUUGGGGUGAAGUUCUCCAAGUAGCGAAAGAUUACGGUCGUAAAUACCCACUUGCUUUGCCACUUUGGUACCCCAACGGUGACAUAACGACCAAUCAUAUACUACAUGAAUACAGAAGGAUUUUCUACCACAUGAUACCUGCGUAUUUCAUCGAUUUUAUUUUCUUUUUGCUGGGACAAAAGCGUUUUAUGAUACGAGUUCAGAACCGAAUUAAUCAAGGUCUCGACGUAUUACAAUAUUUUACAAUGAGACCUUGGAACUUCCCAUGUCCAAACUACGAUAGUAUUCAAACAAAACUCAACGACGAAGAUAAGGUUACGUUCAAUACAGAUCUAACUAACUCUGAUCGUGAUAAAUACAUGAGAUUAUGUGUGGAGGGAGGUAGAAUUUACUGUCUGAAAGAAGAUCCUAGUAAAAUUCACAUAAACAGAAGAUACCAUAACUUUUUAUACGUCUUGGAUUGGAUUGUGAAGAUUUUCUUUUGGUUGAUGAUUUUAUCCUUCCUGGCAUGUUGGUUCAAUCCAAUAAAAACUGCCUUUAGCUACGGAGGCUCCUUUGUGAAAUUCCUGCCGAUACUAGGACGAGUUGUGUUCGAUGAAGACAUUUGAAUAUUUUAUUUUCAUGUAAUGCCUAUCAGUCAAAGGUGUC